UGGUUAUGGCACUAGUCUGUUGUUGUCGAUGUCAAUGUCAACAUGGAAUCUAAAGAAAAUACUUAGAUAUUGAUAAUUAGAUAUUAUUUAAUGAUAAUAUUAAAUAAUUAUUUUAAAAUUCAACAAUUGACGCCAAAUAUUCAAAAUGCAGUGAGUAAAAUUUGAACUUUUUUAUAGUCAACCUAACAACCAAAAUGCGCAAUAGAAAAAAACAUUAAACAUGUCUCAAGAAGGACUUGUCGCUGUAAGAGCUAAAUGAAAAGUGAGACGACUUGGAGAAAAAAUAGCGACUGGAAAGCUCGUUACUCACAACUUUACUCAUCACGGCGGGUGUUUCAGCUGGUUCCAACCAUUGUUCCAAAACAGAGCUCCCAAGUAGAAGAGCCACGUCGCAUAUCCUUCAUGAGCAACGAUGCCACUCCAUACACGUCAUUACUUAUGCGGAUGCGAGCGAAUCGCCGGGACUCUUCAAUAUACGGCUCUGACGUGAACAGCCCUGCAGACCUCAGCACCCUGCUCUCGCAGCGAAGCGAAUUCUACGACAGCAAUGUUAACGUACGUAGUGGUUCUAGUGAUCUGGGUGGUAACGAAACACUACUCUUGGACAUGGUACGUGCGAAAAGCCGGGAACUCGAAGAAGCUCAGGACAAAACCCUCAAAUUGCCACGAGACGAUGUUUCAGAUGACCCAUCUAGUGAGGCGUGCGUCCACGGCCUCAGUAUGCGCAUGACUGAACGCAGUAUAUCGAGGUCUAGAGUGUCCAGAGUAUCAACUCGACGAGACAUGGAUAUACCUUCUAUCUUAGCGUUUCAAACAACAGCUGCACCUGCUCCGACUGUACUAGAAAUUCCUGGGUUAAAAAAAGUAAACCAACAGCAAAAUGAAGACGUGCCUCGAUGGUCAAUACGUCGUUCAAUUUGUCCCGUUUGCUCUCAAAAGUGGAAAGAUAAAACUUCAAUAAACAAUGUCAAGUAUUCCGGCCUAAAACGAAAUUCAUCAGCGGAAUUACCAUCGGUUAUAGCUCCAGCACGGUUACGAGCAUCUAUAACAGCUGCUUAUGUUCCUCGUCCCGUUUUGGCUGCCGUAGAUGAAAGUAAAGGUAUUGGUAGAGUGAUGCGAAACACUGGCGCUGCUUGGCAAUUAACCCGUGCUCGUCGCUUCCGAAGUCCGAAGCCUCAAGUGCCACCCCCAGAAGCCACAGCGCCUCCCAGUUCUACCGCCCCUAUGGCACGGAAAGAUCUAGAUAUUCGCGUCAAUAGAUUUCUUAGAGACGAAGGCAUGACGAAAUAUCUUGGUACUUAAUACAAUAAUAUGGAUUUA